UGUGACUUCAUCCAUAAGCAUAUUCAAACCGUAUAUUCCGGUGGAGUACUAAGCACGCAACAAAUGGCUCUACGCACCUCUGAUUCAUCCUCACAAGUGGCAUGUCCUCAAACACAGACGUUCAAAUUUUUCCUGCAUCUCAGACAUGCCUACCCACGGAGUUGGUCGAAAUAAUCAUAUCAUAUGCAUGGUCCAUCCCCAUGUACGCGAGGGACCGCAUCAAGCUUUUCGCCUCCUUUUCCCUCGUCAGCCGUUCCUGGUUCUCGAUGCUCAUCCGCACUGUCCUCAGAGACGUUCAUAUACAGUGCCCGCUGUCUGCGAACGAUUACCUCGACUUCAUUCGAGAACGAAAAACGCCACGCACGGACAAGUUCCGCUGGAUGCAGGAUACAUCCCUGAUCGCCAACGACCUAUGUCGCUCCCUGACAUUUCAUGUUGAGCACGACGCCCACCGCACAUCCGCUGAUGUCCACCAAUCCGUUAUGCUACGAUCUGCGGGGGAUGUGUCAGCCAACGCGAUCUCCACGGCCAUGUACAUGAUCAGUACUCGCAAAUACCUCCCAAACCUCCGAUGCGUCUCCAUAAAUUACGUCAACUGGGGCUUCGACGACAUUUUCGAGCGCGGCCGGUUCCUCUUCUUCCCGGACCAGGUCACACACCUUGACAUCACCUUUGCCUUUGGAAAUGCGUUCCUCGAAGCUCUGGGCAGGACGUUGCGCGAUCAUCACCGCCGCCACUGGCGCGAAGGUUUCAAGGCGCCGAGCGUUCGGCACUUGUCCAUCUUCGGAGCGCCAGCCACCUUCGUCUCGGAGAUGCUUGCAAGGUGUCCGGAAGUGGAGGCACUGGAUACCGACGAUGUCGAAUGCCUAACGCAACUCCUCGCGCUACCCCGGAAACUCAAUACCCUCAUCCUGUAUCCGCAUCAGAAGAAGCUGGAUCGAGUGGAGAUGAUCAAGCGUGUGUUUGGGAAGGCUCAUGGCGUCGGGAACCUUGGCCGGCUCUGCGAGAACAUGGAGCUUCUCGAGCAUUGUGGUCGGUCAGAGGCAAUGAGCAGGGAAAAGGAGAGAUGUUGCGAGCCUCGAGGUUUAUUGCAAGCAAGCUGACAGCCGUCACGGUUUCUGUAGCAGGGAUAGAUGCGUUCCUGGCCUCCGCGGCGUUGCUUUACUCCUCUCUACAGAAUAUAUGAAGUGACUUCAAAUGCGCAGAAUACACAUGAAUUAUCAACGGACUUCAAGCAAGU